CACAAUCCAUAAGAGCAAAUACACGACGCUAAAGCGCAAAUACAUGACGAUAAAGAGCAAAUACACGACGUUAGCAACAACAAAAAGUCAAAAUGGCUGCUCGAGGGAGUCAUUCGAUUUCUGAGCGACAUCCAUCUGUGUACUGUGAUAAUGAAACUUGUAGUCCUCUUAUUGUACGUUGUGGUCGAAAUGACUGUGGCGCUGAAAAAUGCAAUGGAGAGAUGUAUCAUUGUCCUUUGUGUCCUCCUGAAAAAUUUUCAAAAGAAAUUCCAUCAAGAGUAAAAGAACACUUUAAAAGCGUCCACUGGGAAAACAGGAUUCAUGAAUUUGAAGGUUUUGACAUUCUGAGGUGUAAGCUGUCAUGUACUUUUGCAUCCAAACGACAUGGCUCAGAUGUCAAGCAUUUCAAAGAUGUUUCGCACUAUCACUGUUUUGGAUGUAAUUCUGGAUUCAAGCGUGAAUGA